AUGUCUCAAGCAAUGGAGCCAUAUUCAUAUUUGCAGUAUCAACAGUUGUAUGGAAAAGAUGAUGAGAUUGCCAGUCAUUUGGAGAGAUAUGUGUCAUUUGAUUCUAAUACGUCUCUGAUAGCCACGUACACAACAACAUUACGCCUACAAGAAAAGAAUGUGGAAGAGCUAAAACAUCAUUUAUUUGAAUUUCAAGAUAGUUUAGUGAGUGCUAAAGUUAUAAAUUGGUGUAAUAAAGUUAAACCGUUGUAUUCACUGAAGACAACAGUUAACGAACAACAAGCGCAAUUGAAUGAUUUAGUUGGUAUAUAUCUUCCGCUGCUAACAACAAACACUCACCAUCAUCCAAUCGUUCUAUCAUAUUGUCAUAACCAUUUCACACCUCUCGUUAUAUCUGAAAAUGAAUCGCCAUCGUCUUUAAAAUCCUCCUUGUCAUCAGCAGCUCGACCAUUAUUACCUUUGUCCUUUUGGUCUUGUUCCAAUGAAAGUGCUAGGCCGGUUCUUGUUAAUUUACCAGUGCAUUAUACUAAUUAUCUAGAAGAAUUAAAUAUAAUUAAUUUAUUAAAGAAACACCUUAAUAUCGAAGAUAUCAUUACGGAUGAAGGACUAUUAGUUCGGUGUUGUGCAUUGAAUGAAGAACGUUUACCAGAGGACAUGAAUUUAUUAGAUAAAUACGUGAAUUAUCUUCAAGAAAAUAUGCAGCCUGAAACUCCAGAAGUUGAUUCAUCGAAACCAGAUGAUUUGGUAUAUAAAAGCUGUUCUAGUUUUUACAGGCUAGUGACCGAUGCAAAACCUUUUGAGUCUGUUAGAGUACUUAUUGACACUUUCUGUUAGAAGUGGGAAUAGCUGCUUGGUGCCACGUCGGUAAGUGGCAAUAGCUUCUUAUUGACACUUUCCACUAGAAGUGGCAAUAGCUUCUUGUUAAAAAGUUUCCGACAUGGUCACCUAUCUCCUUACUAGUCAUCAGCCACCGCUCUGGGCAGAAAGCUAGCCUGACACAGCGUUCUUUCGCUCAAUUACUUGAGAUCAAUAUACACACACAACAACCAGACACUAGCUUUUCGGAAAGCUGCGCAAAUUAAACAGAGGAACUGUAUUGUACUAUCCAGGUAAGCAAAAAAUUACUGAAGACGAUCGUCACGACUAGUCCGAAAUGUUAGUAUAUCCCUUCAGGACUAGUCUGGAACGUCCCUCUCGCUCGUUAUGACUAGUCCAGUUUUUAAUAAAUGUCCGUAUAACCCAUCUAGACUGGUCUGGAGUGU